GCUGAUGCUGCCCCAGCAGAACAGCCAAACAGCAGCAGUCAGUCAGGCAGUCAGAGUGGAGGAGAGACUCAGACAAAACACCACAGCACCCAGCUGGAGCAGUAAAGACUGACACCCUGCAUACGUGACCAGGAAACGAAGAAACAUGACUCUAGCAGCCUACAAAGAGAAGAUGAGGGAGCUCCCCCUAGUGUCCCUUCUUUGUUCCUGUGUCCUUCCAGAACCUAAAGAGAAACCAACCAAAAAAACUCCACAAGGAGUCGUAGACCUGAACCUGUGCAUUAUCAAAGACAUGGAGGUGAUAGAACUGAACAAGCGCACGUCGGGUCAGGCCUUUGAAGUCAUCUUGAGACCUCCCUCAUUCGACGGGCAGCGUGAUUUCCAUCCCACCAUCCCUCCCCGCCGAGACCCCUCCCUGGAGGAGAUUCAGAAGAAACUAGACGCAGCGGAGGAGAGGAGAAAGUGUCAGGAAGCGGAACUACGGAAGCACUUGGCUGAGAAGAGAGAGCACGAGCGGGAAGUGGCUCAGAAAGCCCUGCACGAGCACCGCAACUUCAUCAGGACAGCCAAAGAGAAGCUCGAGCAAAGAAUGGAGAUCAAUAAGGAAAACCGAGAAGCUCACAUCGCCGCCAUGCUGGAUCGCCUGCAGGAGAAGGAAAAGCACGCUGAGGAGGUGAGGAGACACAAGGAGCAGAUGGAGUUGGACUGGCAGUAGAAUGGCAGUAGAAUGGCAGUAGAAUGGCAGUAGAAUGGCAGUAGAAUGACAGUAGAAUGGCAGUAGACAGAACCUGUGUUGUCAUUGUGUUACAUGGAGAACGUGUCCCAAAAUCAGGUCCUUGGCAAACAGUGUCUCGCGCCAGGGAAGAGGUUCGUGGUGACCUCCACAUGUGAUUUGGAAGCAACUCUCUGGCUUCCAAACACACUUACCCAAUGGCAUAAUUUCAGAGCAAGCGGGAAACUUCCUUUUUGUUUAAUAUAUUCGGUAGUUCAGUGACAGAAGCGCAGUUCAAAGCAAGAGCCUGUAGUUUAAUAAUAUGCAUAUAGGAGUUAGGGAGCACAGCUCCUAGCUUGUAGUAGUGGGUCGCUCUGCAUGGCUGAUUGGUGAAGGAAAGACAAACGCAGCAGCGUUGGACUGACCGUGCUGUGUGUUUGUGAUGUAAAACUGUGGAAUAGAUGUUUUUGUCCAUCUGUGAUGUGUGUAUCUGUAUGAUGUGUGCUUCCAGUGUUAUUGUUUAUAAGUGUCUUUGUUUUCACCACUUUACUGCUUAAUAAACAAACAAACAAACAAACAUGUAAGAAUGUAAAACAUUUGCUAGACACUAGAAGAACCUUUUCCUUCAUUUAAGAUGGCUGCCCCAAAGUGUGUAAUCAGUGUUUGUUAAUGCUUGCAUGCUGUCACUCAGCUGAUAAACUGUGUGAAAUCCG